AAAAAAAAAAAAAAAUAUCGACAUCGUAUACACAAGAAAUCGAUGACAACAUUGCGGAACGUAAUUAAUUGCUCGUUCAAGUUUGGCCAACUAUUAUAUUAACUAAUUAUAUUUCACGUUGGUGUCGUUUGGUUUUGUUACACGAUAUCUAUGCACAGCAGAUUCUCCGUGAACAAUCCUGUGACUUUGAUUUAGUUUUUCUCACGCCCUAAUUGUGCCACAAGGACUGUUUGUAGACAACUCUACGUUGUUUAUGGGGCAAUUGCGACGAUCGAUACAAAUGUUUGUAGAGGAAAUAUUAAAAGAUCGGCUGGGAAACAAAAAUUACAAUUUCUGUUUAUAUUGUUGAACGAUUAAUCUUUGUCGAAUCACGAUUGUUCAAUGAUUUCCACUUCGAGAUGAAAGGAAACUGUUGCAUCGCUUUCUAUGAAUUCGAUUUCUAACGGUGUUCAAGCAUAACCUGAAAACGACGUUAGUUCGGUUUCCAAUCGAUCUGUGACAUUUGCUACACCUGCGUUUGUACUUAUAACUACAAGUAAUAUGAGUGCUGCCACCGUCAACAUAGGUGAUGUGCAAGCUCUGCAAACCUUGGCUGUUCAUACGAGCGACGUGACAACUGUUGAUUUCGCCAGCGAUUGCGUAUUGGUAACCGGAUCAGGGGAUAAACGUAUUCGGGUGUGGCAAUGGAGAGCGUGCAGUGGAUACGUCGAAGCAUGUUUUUCACCGUUAAUGGGACACAAAUAUGGCAUUACAUCGGUAAAAGUAAGCCCCCGAUCGACGAUGUUGGCUUCGGCUAGUAUAGACGGAACAACGCUAUUAUGGAACUUGCGGACCGGAUUGAAAAUUCAUACGAUGGUCCAAGUGGGCGGCGAAGCUGUAAGAGUUUGUAGAUUCUCGUCAGACUCUAUGCUACUUGCAACUGCCGGAGAUAACGGACAAGUCUGCCUUUGGGAUUUGAUUCGACGCAAUUUAAUCAAAUGUUUCCAAAAGCACGACGGUGCUAUACAGAGCGUAUGCUUUUCACCGGACUCGAGUUGGUUGAUUACAAGUUGCACCUUUGGGGUCUUAAAAUUAUUUUCCACUGCCGAUAUUAUCGACUCGUCGUGCAUGUCUGAUAAACAAGCAAUUACCGCGUUUGCCUGGAUAGACGAUGCUCAUGAUUUAGGUGUCGUUUCUUGCGAUUUUUCGACUUUUCAACAAGUUACAAGCAGUGAACCGUUCACAAAGCUGUAUCAACUGGUCACAUGUGGAAACGAUCAUUGCGUGAAACUGUGGGAGGUAACGGUGAUACGAGCAAAGGGACAAGCUCAAAUGUUCACUGCCAAAAUAACUAUCUGCAGAAUCAUGGAGAAGCAUAGUAGUGCCUUGACUUGCGUUCGUUUCAACUCGAAUGGAUUAUACGUGGUCAGCAGUGGUCUCGACAAAACUGCGGUAAUUUGGGAAACGAGCACGGGCAAAGUAACGGCGAUAUUGUCGGGGCACAAUAGAUACGUGGCAUGCUGCGCAUUUUCGAGGGACGGACACUUAUUAGCGACUGGUUCCAACGACAAGUCGGUGAUCAUUUGGGAUUUAACGGGUAGUUUGUGCCUCGAAUCGGAACUUUCGCCAAGUUUCGGGUCUGCAGCAUUGAUGACAGCGGACCACGAAAAGGUAGAGAUAUAUUACACGGAUGCGAUACACGAACAAGAUGUGAUGAAAAAUGCGGAAACAUCGAUCAACGAGGUACAACUGAUUCAAAGACUAGAGGACCACGGUGGCGUGGUAAACAGCGUAGCUUGUUAUGGCAAUCGUUUAAUCGCUUCCGGAUCGGGAGAUAAAUUGGUGCGCGUGUGGAGUAUCGUAACCAAUGACGAGAUGGGAGAUGGCGAUGAAGAUGCUGCUGUUACGAAAUGUCUGGAGAAAUCUUACAGUCCGCUGGAUGGUCACAAAUACAGUAUAAAUCACGUGGAAUUCAGUCCUUGCGGUACUAUGCUCGCUUCUUGUUCUUUAGACGGUACUGCUAUCAUUUGGAAUACCGAGAAUGGAUGCCAAGCAAAAUCUUCUUUCGUAAACUCGGGUUACGGUGUUCGUGUUUGUCGAUGGUCGCCGGACGGAUCGAAAUUUGCUACGGCCGGAGACGACGAAAGAGCAACGCUAUGGGAUGUCAAUGAUAUGGUGGAACUUCGUAUUUUCAGAGGUCAUUCCGAUGCGGUGAACGCUAUCGCAUUUACGCAUGAUUCUCGUUAUUUGAUAACGGCUUGCAACGAAGGAACAUGGAGAUUAUUUGAUACCAUGGACGACAAGGGUGGUAACACUGCCUUGAUGACCUGCGAAGAAGCGCACGAUUUGGGCGUUCAAGGUUGCGAUUUCAGUCCAACGUGCAAUUUGAAUUUUACUGCAGGCAGAAGACCGACGGACGAUGGUAGACAAUCUUAUUUGUUAGCAACAAGCGGUAACGAUUCGUUGGUGAAAUUGUGGCUUAUUACAACGCCUAGAGACAGUGAGAUGAUAACGGUAGGAAGCGGUAGUACUGGGAGCAACGAUUCCGAUGGCCAGUUUAAGCAGAAAAAGAUUUUGACAGGACACGGCGGUAACGUGACGUGCGUUCGAUUCUCCCCGAUUCAAGGUGAAAUUAUAGGAAGUGUGGCAACGGAUAGAACAGCUCGUAUUUGGAGUGUAUACUCUGGGGAUUGCUUGUACGUGCUAGAAGAACACGAAAGUCUUGUAACCUCUUGCGCAUUUUCCGAAAACAUGUCGCUUUUUAUUACAGGUGCAUUGGAUAAAACUAUCCUAAUCUGGAAAAUGCCUCAACAACUAAUUUCGCAGAAUAUCUUGAUCGAUAAUUUCAAGAGGAACAAGAAACAGGUCGCAGACUGGAGGGUCGACGACACUUUGAGAUGGCUGCACGAAAUAGGACUGUCAGCAUUGACGAAGAGAGCAAAUCUAUCGUCUCUGACUGGUCGCCGAUUGCUUACCGUCUCGGACGACCAAUUAAUACAAAUCCUACAAAUUGAACAGGACGAACAAUUGGCCGACGUAUUUAAAACUCAGUUGUAUUGGUUGAAACGCGAGGACAGCAACGUCGUAGAAGCCUCCAUAGACGAUGCUGAAAUACCUCAUGAAUUUCUAUGCCCCAUCACGCAUGAGAUAAUGAAGGAACCUGUUCGAUGCUCCGAUGGAUUCACGUAUGAGAGAGCAGCGAUAAACGAAUGGUUUCUAUGCGGAAAAUAUACAAGUCCUAUGACUAAUAAAUCUCUUCAAGACACCUCGUUUGUAUUGAACAUUGAACUUAGAAAUAUGAUAUAUACUUUUCUUCACGGUAAACGACCAGAGACUUAAGCAAGCAACAAAGCCGUGUUGGUAGUUUACAGGUUUCGUAUUAGUGCACUCAAAUUUCUACGAAUCUUACAAGAUUGCAAUGAUUUCGAUGAUAAUCAUCUUUUU